AUGAACGGGGGCGAGGCGGAGCCCGGCGGCUACAAGCGGCGCUACCGGGCCCUGAAGCGGCGCCUGAAGCUGCUGAUCUACGAGCAGGAGUGUUAGGAGGAGCUUCGCAAGGCCCAGAGGAAGCUGCUGAAAGUGUCGCGGGAUAAAAGCUUCCUCCUGGACCGGCUGCUGCAGCACGAGAACGUGGAUGACGAAUCCUCAGACUCAGAGGCUACAGCCUCCUCGGAGAACAGUGACGGGGAGGGGCCCAAGGGGGCGGAGCCACAGCCCCUGAAGAGGAAGCGGAGCCCCCAGCUUGGCGGAGCCUCAUCCCCAUCAUCCUCUGGCCUGUCUCUCCAGGCGACCUCGGGCUUUCCCCUGCAGGGCUCGGGGGCGCCCUCCCCCUACCUAAGCUCACUGGCCUCCCCACCCUACAGCCCGUUCCCCUCCGAGUACCUGGCGCCGGAGCCCUGCGCCCCCCGCCCCGAACGUGCCCGCCCGGAGCGACGGGCCAAGGGCACUCGCAAGUUAAAGAUGUCCCUGACGCCAGCCACCCAUCCCGACUGCUCAGUGGUGGGGGGUCUCCCCUUCUCUUCGCCCCGGGGGGGCCCUCUGGCCCCGCUCUCCUCCAAGCUCCCGCCCCCCACCAUCCUCAGCACUGUGCCCCAGCAAAUGUUCAGCGAUGCAGGGGAAGGGAGUGGCGAAGACCCCCUGGAUGGGGAUGACGAGCUUGUCAUAGAUAUACCGGAAUAGUGGGGGUUGGGGGGCGGCACCCCAGAUACGCACAGCUCAACAUUGUGGUGGGGGCCCCCAAGAGGCCCCCCAGUUUAUUUCACAUCCAUUCCAGUUGCAUUAACAGGCUCCAGACAUGCAAAUUAACCAAUUAAACAAGAUUUUGGUAUAAAAACA